CCUCAGGCAGCUGCAGGUGAGUGCAGAUCACCAUGGGGAUGCUCCUGCCCACUGCUCUCGCUAUGGGGCUGCUGAGCCUGUUCCAGCAGCAGCUGGGCUCCCUCUGGAGUGGCCUGGCCAUCCUGUUCUGCUGGUUGAGACUAGCACUGAGGUGGCUAGGUUCUGGAAGGGGACAACCACAACCACAGGUCCGGACCAUGCCCGAGGAGACCCUUGAAGAACCAAAGGGUCCUCAGUCUACAAUUCCCGUCAGCGUCAACUACCACUUCACCCGUCAGUGCAAUUACAAGUGCGGGUUCUGCUUCCACACAGCCAAGACAUCCUUCGUGCUGCCCCUGGAGGAGGCCAAGCGAGGGCUGCUUCUGCUCAAACAGGCUGGUAUGGAGAAGAUCAACUUUUCAGGAGGAGAACCCUUCCUGCAGGACAGGGGUGAAUACGUGGGUAAGCUCGUGAGAUUCUGCAAGGAGGAGCUGGCCCUGCCCUCUGUGAGCAUCGUGAGCAAUGGCAGCCUCAUCCGCGAGAAGUGGUUCAGGGACUAUGGUGACUAUCUGGACAUUCUUGCCAUCUCCUGUGACAGCUUCAAUGAGGACGUCAAUGUUCUCAUUGGCCGGGGUCAGGGGAAAAAGAACCACGUGGAAAACCUUCAAAAGCUGAGGAAGUGGUGCCGAGACUACAAGGUGGCUUUCAAGAUCAACUCCGUCAUCAAUCGCUUCAAUGUGGAUGAAGACAUGAACGAACACAUCAAGGCCCUGAACCCUGUCCGCUGGAAGGUCUUCCAGUGCCUUCUAAUUGAGGGUGAGAACUCGGGAGAAGCUGCCCUGAGGGAAGCAGAACAAUUUCUUAUAAGCAAUGAAGAAUUUGAAGCAUUCUUAGAGCGUCACCAAGAGGUGUCGUGUUUGGUGCCUGAAUCUAACCAGAAGAUGAAAGACUCCUACCUUAUUCUGGAUGAAUAUAUGCGCUUCCUGAACUGUACUGGUGGCCGGAAGGACCCUUCCAGGUCCAUCCUGGAUGUCGGGGUGGAAGAAGCGAUAAAAUUCAGUGGAUUUGAUGAGAAGAUGUUCCUGAAGCGUGGAGGCAAGUAUGUAUGGAGCAAGGCUGACCUGAAGCUGGACUGGUGAACCCAAGGCUAGAAGGACACCCUGACCAGCUACGGGGAGCUCCACGUGAAGCUGUCUUUCACCACCCGAGGUUCUUACUCUCUAUUCAGGGAUGCAAAUCCGACUCUCGGUUGCACAUCUUCUGGCUGUCUGUGGGAAAGCAGUCUGCCUGUCUGUUUGUUUGAGUUUGAGUGAACUAAGUAAGGGGUAAAACCAUGCAAUGUCAGAUAAUCCACCUGUGUGGAGGGAUAGAGUUCACUUCACAGAAGAGCGAGGUGCAGUGGCCCCAAAGACUAAUGUAUUUAACUUGUGUUUGAAUUUUUGUGGAAUUUUACUGUGAAUCCCUUGUUUCCUUUCUCCUCCUCCUCACUUAAGAAGGUGAGUUAUUUUCUGCUAAAUAUGCCAGUGUUAUUCACCAGGAAACAUCAUAAAAUAUGUCCUCCCAUGACUAUUUAAAUGCUUUUCUGCUUUGGAAUGUUGGACGUUUUACUCGGAAGUAUAGGAAGAAUCAAGACAAGUCCCAAAGAGCUGUAAAGGGGACUCUAACUCAUUUGCCAUGAGCUCAUGGAGAUGUGGCUCCCGGCCCCAGCGCCCGUGUUGCUGCAUGAAGGAUGACCGCUCUCUGCUGUGCCAACUCCUCCAGGAUUCUUUUCAAAACCAAGAUACACUUUCCCUUUUACGACGUGGGCAUGAGGGAGAUGCUUGUGCAGCCUCCCAGUACUGAGACAGCCUGAGUCUGUCAAACAGAAGUUUGAGUAGAAGGUCAUCCCCUCACUCUGGAAAAGCAGCUACGGCUGUGUUGGCACAUUCCGUAAAAGUCGUGGAAGCAAGGGCAGGAAGGACUCUGUCGGGACUACGGAGUGUGGUUGGUUUGGUAUAAAAGCGCCUGUGACUCCAUGGAAAAUUUCCCAAGGAAGCCUGAAUGAGACCCAGUCUAGGUCAACGUGAGAUGAACCAUAUGCCUCUCCGCACCAAAAAGACAGAAAAGACGAUGAGACUGAGGCAAAUACUCUUCCUGUGGAAGCAUUCCGUGACACUUGCCAGACCAGAACUUUGUCUCGCCGUUUGCAAAAUAACAAUUUCCUAUCAAAAAGCAAAAAUUGUUGAAAGUUUUCUGUUGCUGAUAAAUUUUAAGGUCCCUGAAACUCUGCUGCUGCUGCUAGAGGGCGCCGAGACGUCGGACUUCUUUAGGCAUCUCAGAAAUUUUGCUUCAAAGUGUACUUUUAGAACUUGGUGAAUUUUGCUUCUGUUCCUUCAUUGUGUGUAUGUGUUUGUGUUUGGAUAAGUACUAAGAAUUUGAUAAGAAACUGUAUUUGUAAAUAUUUUCUCACAAAAGAUGUCUAUACUUCGGUUAAGUCACCAUAAUUCAACAAAGACACUUUGUCUCACCCAAAAUAGGUCAGGAGCUCUGUAUUUCCUGUUUUGUUUGUUUGUGUACUUGGUGGCUGCCUUUUUUUUUUCUUGAAGUUGGGUAUAACUAUGUAGCCCAGGCUGUCCUGGACACCAUGCUCUCUGCCCUAACUUCCCCCAUUCUAGGGAUUACAUUUGUAUAUCACUCAACUCCUAUAUAGAUAUUUUAAAGAGAAAACUGAGUCACAUUUUUCCUGCAGAUUUUGAUAAUUUUUUUAGUUAAGUUUUGUGUACUCAGUUUACCUUGGAAAGCCCAAAGGACAGGGGCAGAUGCCCGCUUGAUUAUGUGACAGGAAGCAAAUUGGAGCUGAAGCCCCAUCUUCUGACUUGGAGUUCAUUUUCUUCUAGCUGAGUGAACCUGUAUGUCUCCUUCCCCUAAGAAAGCACAAGAGUAGCAUACACUUGGGACGUGAGCCAUCCGAAAUGCACCCCAAGCUGUCCCUCCUACUCCUGACCCCCUGUACAUGCACAGGGUGAGUCAGAUAUCUAGGCUUAAAAUACUCAAAAAUAUCCCUUCCUCAAGGGAAUAAUUGUGAUAUUUUAUCAUCACAGUAAAAAUCAAGCUCGGAUUAUAUCAUGCAUUGGUUUCCUCUCUCAGUUUUAAAUCUGGGUGUUCAUUUGUGAAACACAUGCUCUUCACCGGGAACCUGAAGCGCUAUCUAGUUGACAUUUGCUAAGUGUUGCAGAUAGUGCUGUCCGAUGACCGUUUGACUCAGGGUGGUGAUGCUGGGGAAGGCGAUUUACUGAAGAACUUUGGAGGGCAGGACACCCCACACUGAUUUUAAAGCCCCUGGUGUCUGUUAUAUAGUGUUCAAUGAUAAAAUCGUGGGCUGUUCAUUUUUAUGCUCGAAACUGUAGGAUGUUAACUGGCUAAACUAUGUGGGGAAGAAAUGGGCUCAGGUUUGAAUUGCAUUGGAUUUGCGGGUCUAAUUGUUGCAUAGAUAAACAGCCAAACCAUCAAACCCAGGAGCAGUUGGUUCAUUCCAGCAAUAAUUCAGCUCGUGUCCUACCCUCUUGAUGAACUGAUCUUGUUUAAUAAGCUCUUUUUAAGACAAAAAUCAAUGAUUCAGGUGAUCACAUAUCAUCUGAGUGUGUCCAGAUAAGGUUUAGUGUUGGGGGGGAUGUAUAUGUAUAUGUAUUCCCCUGUAGGAUUUCACUGUGUGCGGUAACAUGCUUGUUGUAUUAAAAUGUUCUGUGCAUGACCUAA